GUUAUAUAGUACAACUGUCUGGUCGUGAUGGAUGGGAAUACUUCCGGAGAAAUAGCGGAAGCAGUUGUCAGAUUGCUUACUUAUGUAAUCGGAACCGUUGGAAAUCUUAUCGUUAUCUUCGUUAUUUUGUUUCUGGGAGAAUACAAGAAAAUAACGCAUUGGUACGUUCUGCAACUGGCGCUCGCUGAUCUAUUAUUUUUGCAAACAGUUCCGUUUUGGGUGACUCAAUUGCUACAUAAAGGAUGGGCGUUUGGAUCGUGGUUUUGCACCGUGUGUUAUGCAAUAUUGUAUUUCAAUUACUUUUCAUCCAUCUUGUUUUUAAUGAUCAUGGCAAUCGACCGAUACCUUGCAGUUUGCCAUGGCCAAAAGCAAUUUGUACAAAACUUGAGAUCAAAUAAAAAAUGCAAUAUGAUCACUCUUUGUACUUGGAUACUCUGCUUAGUCCUCUGCAUUCCACUCAUGUUAUAUACCAGAACAACUGGGUUAGAGCCACAUUGCAGAUGCAGAUUAGUAUUUCCAGAAAGUCCUGUAAACUGGUGUGAAAAGUUUGAUCCAAGAAACGAUGUGAAUGAGUGCCUGAACACGACGUUCAUCUUAAGAUACAAACCGCCAACAUGUAAGUCUGCUGAAAUAUCAACACCAACGAUAACACAGCCGAUUGAUAUGGGGAACUCCUCGGAAUAUGAUUAUCCUGAAUAUGGUGACUAUUCUGGGUUCUCCGGAGAAGAGAUAGGCGAAACUGAAAACGAAGAGCAAACAGAAUUUCACUGCAAGCAUACUUCACUCCAGCCUGGAAUGACACCUUUUGUUCUGGCCAACUUUAUAGCGUUUUUUGUUGUUCCGCUUGUUGUUAUUACGAUUUGUUACGGUUUAAUCGUUUUUCAACUGAGAAGCAAAAUGAUGACAAGUGAUUCACAUACUGAAGAACAUAACUCUAAAGCGAAAAGGGGAAUUUUCAAAUCCAGGAAAUCCUCUUCUAUCUCAUCAACGGGUCGAUCACAGAAAGAUAAAAAGAGAAUCACUAUGCUCUGCGCUAUUUUGGUGGUGGUAUUUGUUGUAUGCUGGCUACCGUACCAUUCGAUGAUGUUGGCAAUGAUUGACGGAUUCUCGACUCCAUAUCCGAAUUUCUGCAACUCUGCUUUUGUUGUGUUUCUCACUCUAGCAUACGCUAAUUCUGCUCUAAAUCCUUUUAUGUACAAUUUUCUUGGAUCUUUUAGAAAAAGACUGAAACAAAUCAGAUCUCACGAAAGAACUCGAUCUUUGUUCUCUGGCACGCGGUUAACAAAAAUAGUAGUGAGUGGGAAAGGAACAUCCCAGAUGUCCAGCGAUGAAUUAAAAUCAAGAAAACAGAGGAACGGGAGCGCACCGCAUAGUGAAGACGUGCCACUGAAGAUUAAAGCGGACCAGACAACUGUUUGAUAGUGGGACGGCAAAGUAUGUUUCGCCUAGCAUUGUUUACCUUUUCGACUGUUGACAACAAUCGACAACUGCCGGCUUCAAUGAAAAGCCGGAAAUGUGUAAGACUUAUCAGCAAAUAUAACUUGGACCUGGACAUCACGACGCACUGGUUUAAAAUUCAUCCAGAAUACAAGGAAUGAAAUUUUAACCUUAUUUCACAAGAAAAUUAUGAAUAUCAUAUUGAUAACAAUCAUGCAAAAGGCAUCAUUUCUUUAUAGAACCACCAUUUUUAUUCGUAAACAUCUCCAAUUUUGUA